UUGUUUUGUUUUGCGCUUGUCAGAAUCCGAUUAGCAAUAACAAAUCUAUUUUCGGUUUCGGUGAAAAGUAUGAUUCUCAAUCCACGAAAUAACUCUUUUUAUAUCCAGUAGUUGUACUCGUAAUAAUUUAAAAGUGUUCUAUCGAUAAAAGUGAUCGUUCAGCCAUGCUUCCCGAAACGAUGGUGUUUGGAAUCACGCUUCUCCUAACGGGGGCGAUUCUGUUUCUUCUGAUCUAUUUCGUGAUUAUUCUAUCGGAUCUGGAAUGUGACUAUCUGAACGCUCAACAGUGCUGUUCGAAGCUGAAUUUUUGGAUCGUUCCCAAGAUUUCGGCCCACAGCUUUGUCGCCUUCCUGCUGCUCAUCAAUGGCAAUUGGAUGCUGUUCAUAGCCAAUCUUCCGAUGAUAGGCUGGCUUCUUUACGACAUCAUCAAGGUGCCCAGUGGGAAUCUGGGCGUGUACGAUCCGGCAGAGAUUCACAACCGUGGAAUGGUGAAGAAACAUCUGCGGGAUACGAUGAUCCGAUUCGGGUACUUCUUGAUCAUAUUCUUCGUAUAUCUUUAUUGUAUGAUACUCGCUAUGCUGAAGGGAGAUCCAAUCAGACGUCACGAAGAGGAAGAAAUCGUUACGGAUUUCUAGCCCAUGGUUAACCAGCUUAGUCUCAGGACUAGGGAGCGUUUUCGAUUGUAAAUUUUGAGAUUUUUUUAGUUUUGCUAUGAGAAAAUUCUCUAGCACAUCAUGACUGAGAGCUGUGUAAUUUGGUCUCCAAAUCAACUUGCUUCUCAAAGUCGUUGGAUGCAUUUGUUAAAGGCCAAAGAUUUAUUUGACAAUUGAGAUCAAAAGUAUUGAUUGGUUUUAUGUUAUUGCUAUAUGUUUUCACUGGGUUGUCAAUUCAGAAUGCGUUUAUGAGCUACUGAAAUGAAUAACUCGAAGUUUUAUCCAUUUCAUAAUGUGCAACCUGUGUAUAGAUAUGAUACAACUUAGCAUGGAAAAAAUGACGGUCACCAAAGCAAUCUCAGAACUAAAUUUGAUCAGCAUCGAUUUCAUCAAUAGAAACAAAUAUUUUUUUCAUCCAUGUCACUCAUUAGAUAUCAUUAUAAUCAUCCUCAUAAUUCUCUCCCAGAUUAUCUAUACGGCUAUUGAUUACAAAUUGUCUUAAAUUAUUAAAAUCUCACCGGUGGUUCCUCAUUCAAACAAAAAAAUUCUUUAAAAAAACGGUAGUGAAAUUAAAUUACGCAAACGAAAGAUUUGUGCAGUUCAUUUUCAAAUGUUGAUGAAACUUUUUGAAUGCUAAAAACUUAAAAUAAAACAAUAAAAGAUUUCCUAACAUGUUUGUGGGUUUUAUAUUUGAUAGAAACUAUGACCGGAUAAACAUCACAAUCUUUUUGAGCCUCUAUUUAUAAGUUUUCCUGCUCAUGGAUAUCUUUCUGAAUUUUAAUAUGAACUUCACUUAGUUUUUUUUGAUGAAGUAAAGUCUGUUGGCUAUCCUCCUAUAUGAAUUAAUUAAAACUGUAAAAAACACUGUAGCCAGUUCGUCAAAUAUAAAGUACUAAUAGUUUUACAA